UGCUAUAUUUCACUCGCUCCUUUCUUGAAGUCGAAGCAGGCAAGAAAAUCAGCCAUGGCCGAGACAUCUUCUUCAUCGGCGGCAACGCCUUCGGAUGCUGAUCGAGAGGAGAUGCUCGAUCGGAUGCUCACUAGCCUUGCCUUGGCUGACGACCACAAGCUCCAAGGCCUUCUUACCAGGAUCCUCCCUUACUCCAUCUCCUCCCUCUCCUCCUCUUCCCCUUCCAUCCGCAAAUUGGUCAUGGAGAUUCUAAGCCAUGUGAACAAGAGGGUUAAGCACCAUCCGGAAAUUGGAUUGCCCUUGGUUCAGUUAUGGAGUAUGUACAGAGAAUUUAGUGGCGCGCCCAUGGUUAGGAAUUUCUGUGUAGUUUAUAUUGAGAUGGCAUUUGAUCGCAUGCCUGUCGUGGAUAAAGGCAAACAUGGCUCCGGAGCUAUUAGCCGAUAUUUCAAAGUUUCCGAGUCAGCACCAAGAUAUUAUUCUCAGAAUUGUCACAAAAGAACAAUCAAGCUUAUAAUUGUCAUUGGUGAGUGCCAUUCAACUAGUCUUGAUGAAAAUAUUGGAGCAAAAUUCAAGGAUAUAGGCAGUGGAAGGGAUGGCCAAAUUUUUGUUGAUUUUUGCCUACACAUGCUUUUGUACCAACCGCUUUCUCAUGGUGCCAGAUGCCCUCCAGGGCUAUCAGUUUCGCAAUCUGAACGUGUCACUGGAAAGCUUCCGCUAAAAGGAGAUUUGCUUGUGUCGAGGAAGGUUGGGAUUUUGAAUGUCAUAGAAGCUAUGGAUUUGGCACCCGAGAUUGUCUAUCCUCUGUAUCUAGCUGGUUCUGCAGACAGUCAUGGACUUGUUAUUAAGAGAAGUGAGGAGCUCUUAAAGAAGAAAGCUGCAGGCGCCAACAUAGAUGAUUCCAAUUUGAUAAAAAGACUUUUUUUUCUUUUUAAUGGUAACACUGGGGUUGAAAAUAUACCAGAAGACUCAAGGGUAUCUCCUGUGAAUGUUGCACUGAGAGUGAGGAUCAUGAGUGUUUUCUGCCGCUCCAUUGUUGCAGCAAAUUCUUUUCCAUCAACACUCCAGUGCAUAUUUGGCUGCAUCUAUGGAAGUGGGACCACUUCACGGUUGAAGCAGUUGGGAAUGGAAUUCACUGUCUGGGUAUUUAAGCAUUCAGUUAUGGAUCAAUUAAGACUUAUGGGCCCUGUUGUUUUGAGUGGAAUAUUACGUUCUCUUGAUGGUUCUUCAGUUACAGAAGCAGAUGCUACUGCUGGUGAUGUUAAAUCUUUUGCUUUCCAAGCAAUCGGCUUACUUGCAUCCCGCUUGCCUAAUCUUUUCAGAGAAAAAAUUGACAUGGCUGUUCGACUUUUCAAUGCUUUAAAAUUGGAGGAUCAAUCAAUUCGCCUUACAAUUCAAGAAUCAGUCACUUCACUUGCAAUAGCUUACAAGUUUUAAAAAUAGGGCUCCAGCAGUAGUUUUAAAG